AUGGGUGGGAAGCUGAUGGGACAACAUCUCGACAAGAGCAAGGGCGACACGCUCUUCGGUGCCUACCGGGAGUUCCUUACGGUCAUCGCUGGUAGUCCACGGGCCGCCCGCUCGAGGGAUGGCUCGCUGAGCCGCGAGGAGUAUGUCUCCGACCGAGACGCGCAGGGCAAGCCCAUACCAGAGCUACGGGAGAGUGCCUACCGUGGCUCGGAGGCGACCCGGAACCGCAUCUACGGUGCCUUCGAGGCGUACCGCGCAUGGAAGAAGAGCGAGCACCGUUACGACUGCACGGAUGCUGCCCGCAACAUCCUCCGGAGAGCGGAGAAGGAGGGCAUGAAAGAUCCGGUGCGCAAGUUCUGUGGAGUCCUGAUCGAUGAAGUUCAGGACCUUCUCCCGGUUGAACUCCUGCUGCUGAAGCUUGUAUCUGAGCGCGAACAAGGCUUCGUGUUCGCAGGAGACACUGCUCAGACCAUCUCCAAAGGUGUCGAGUUCCGCUUCGAAAGCAUCCGGCGGCUCUUCUUUGAGGAAUUCCUCGGUGGACGAGUCGCGGAGGAGGUAGAAAAGAAAGAGCAGGAGGUCUUGACCUGCAGCAUGUGCAUGCGCGAGGUCAGGAAAGGUGGCUUCGAGUUCCUCUGCAGCGGCAAGUACCACGUCUGGGUGAUCUGUGGAGACGAGAAUGGCAGCUGCUAUGAGAGGCUGCGGGCAUCCUGCCGAAAGCUCAAGCAGGGCUGCACGAAGGGGCUGAAGGUCAGGGUCGAGUCCUGCAGUGGCAGUGGUGACAAGUUGCCCUGCCCUACUGGCAAGCCCAAUUCCGGUGGCUCUUCCUGCGGUUUGUCGAUGACCCGGAACAUCAUCGCGCCGCUUCCAGAGGAAAACAUUGUGCCCACGGGAACUCCGGCUCGGCCCCCGCCGGCAAUCUGGACAGAGGUUCCGGAUAUCAACCACCUCACGCACAACCAUCGCUCCACUCAUGGCAUCUUGGAGCUGGCCUCUGCCAUUCUGGAUAUCAUUACCGGCCUGUUUCCGGAUAAGAUCGACAAGCUGCCGCGAGAAAAGUCUCGAGUGAAGUCCAGCAGCCCACCACAGAUUCUGACCGGCAUGUCAUGGGAGAAAGCUCAGGACAUCAUCUUCGCAAAGACGAACCAAGCUGACCAGCUGGUGAGUGAUGGGGCUGCUGCAGCUUCCUCAGGAAGCACGGCUGGGGCGGUUCUCGAGUUCGGGGCGAAGCAGGUGGUCCUCGUUUGGAGUGAGGCUAAGAAGCUGGAGAUACAAGAGAAGCUGCCGCAAUCCUUGGUCAUGACCGUCCAGGAUUGCAAAGGUUUGGAGUUCUUUGAUGUCUUGAUGCUGGACCCCUUCAGCGACAUGGCUAAGGACACGAGCGAGUCACAAGCGACGCAGCUUUGGAAUUUAGUCUUCGGCUUCAUGGAGACGAGCAACAUGGAGGUUUCUGCUCUAGACAAGAAGCGGGUGGUCCCCUUCGACAAGGACAAGCAUGGUCUGCUGUGCGCAUGGCUCAAGACUUUGUACGUCGGCAUCACCCGAGCCCGGAAGCGAGCUUGGAUUUUGGAGAGCCAG